AUGAAUGGUUCGGCGGAUCAGUUUCGGAGUAUUCGGCAUUUGACACUCAGUGGAGUGUCCUUCGAGAAAGACGGAAUUCUGAACUUGACCCCCCUGAGAGAUAAUGUCGAUGGCUCAGGCCUUCCAGUCCUCACAGCCUUAAAAAGGCUCGAACUUGCCUUCAUCAUAAUCGGACAAGACACUGCCGUCUACUUGUCAGACUUGAACAAUCUCUCACUCUCAGGGGAUGACUCCUCUUGGGAUACUUUCGGUCGGUUGGGUAAUUCAAGGUUGCUGGGAGCUACGCUUUCUGACGUCCACUUCGUCCCAGACAACAAGUUGGAUGAGGACCACAGUGAGCAAGAUGAUCUCUAUGAAAGACCGCGGGGUUCUGCUUGGAUCAUUGCGGAUGACUCUACGAUUGCCGCCGAGAUCGAUGAUAGGUUCGGCCAGUAUUUCCUCCAGGAUGCUUUCUUUGUGCAACCGAUCCGUUUUGUGCUGCCUGCAGACGCUCAGCACUAUAUACUCACUGGGCUGAAUAAUCCUCUGGAUAAUCUUAGCUGCUGGGGAGUAGACGUUCUGUGGAUAGGAUGGUACUGGUGA